AUGGAGACUGGCGAUGACAAGACGUCUCAGCUUUGCUUGCAGCUCUCGCAGGGGCGCUUCCAAGCCGCCAUCACCAUUGGCGACGGCACGGUUGACUCUGUCCUUCCACCCCCCGUUUUCUGGGGGUCAUGGGGAGAGAGAGAUUCCACGGCACCAGGUUGGCAAACUGACUUCGUAAUGGGCGUUGGCGAAACUGGUGCCGAGACUUUGCCAAGCCGACCGCCAUCCAGCGGUGCAGGUCUCGGCGUUGCUUACUUUUUACUUGCGAGAAUUGGCACAGAGUCUGGAACUUGCAACUAG